GUGAAUGAUGUCAGGGGGGAGCGCAGCUCGGUCGCCGUCCUUGUGAGCUGCAAUCACUUCCUGGAUAGGGAAAGAGAGACAGAGAGAGAGAGAAAGAGAGAGAGAGAGAGAGAGACGGCGGAGAUCGGUCGGGCCGGCGAGCGAGGUGAGACAGGGGCCUGGUCGGACGCGGACCCUGCGAACUUUGCAUCCGGAGAAACACCGCAUCGUCCCGGUGGAGCAGAUUUUAUGGAUGAUAAAUACAACGGCGGUUGGUCCUUGAGCUGGCCGUGUUUCCUGUGAAGCCCCAAAGUCACCGCCAUGUCCCAGCUGCUGCAUGUGGAGAUCCCCAACUUCGGCAGCACGGUGCUGGGCUGCUUAAAUGAGCAGCGGCUGCAGGGCCAGCACUGCGACGUGUCCAUCGUGGUGAAGGGGCACGCCUUCAAGGCGCACCGCGCCGUUCUGGCCGCCAGCAGCCUCUACUUCCGCGACCUCUUCAGCGGCAGCUCCAAGGCGCAGUUCGAGCUGCCGUCGUCGGUGGCGCCCGCCUGCUUCCAGCAGCUGCUGUCCUUCUGCUACACGGGCAAGCUGACCAUGGCGGCCAGCGAGCAGCUCGUGAUCAUGUACACGGCAGGCUACCUCCAGAUCCAGCACAUCGUGGAGAAGGGUAUGGACCUGGUGUUCAAGGCUAACUCCCCGCACUGUGACUCGCAGACAGCAGCCGCCGAGGACCCGGGUUCCGAGCCGCAGAGUCCCAGCAACAAUGCCACGCCCACUGGCGCGCUGGGGCCCCCGCCCGCAUGGUCGCCCGCCACCACGGGUGCACGCCGCAUCAAGCUGGAAGGGAGUGAAACCACACUUAGCCAGCAGGGGCUGGGUGGCGGCAAAGGGGUACGGCUCACGCGGGGUCCUUCCAUCUUCUACAGUUCUGCGGGAGUUGCAGGGGGCGGGGCCACCGCCGCCAUCUUUUCAGGGGCGCAGCCCUACCCCCUGACCGCAGGCGAGCGCUGCAGUCCAGGGGCCUCCAGCCUGCCCGCCACUGACAGCCCCACCUCCUACCAGAACGAGGACGAGGAGUUCGAGGAAGAGCCAUACGAUGGCAUGACAGAGGAGGGUUACGGGCAGAUCUACAGCCGAACAGCCAACCAUUACGGCAUCCAGGAGAAGCCGGAUGUGGCCGGCAUGGCAGUGUCCCUGGAGGGCCGCUCCUGCGUGCUGAUUCGCCGGGACCAGGUGGCACUCCCCGCGAGCCUCGUCAGCCAGAUCGGAUACCGCUGCCACCCCAAGCUCUACACUGAGGGCGACCCGGGAGAGAAGCUGGAGCUGGUGGCAGGUACAGGAGUCUUCAUGACCCGAGGGCAGCUGAUGAACUGCCACCUGUGUGCCGGCAUCAAGCACAAGGUGCUGCUUCGCCGCCUGCUGGCUACCUUCUUUGACAGGAACACACUGGCUAAUAGCUGUGGGACAGGUAUCCGCUCGUCCACCAGUGACCCCAGCAGGAAGCCUCUGGACAGCCGUGUGCUUAAUGCUGUCAAACUGUACUGUCAGAACUUCGCCCCCAACUUUAAAGAGAGUGAGAUGAAUGUGAUUGCGGCGGACAUGUGCACCAACGCGCGGCGCGUCAGAAAGCGCUGGCUUCCCAAGAUCAAGUCCAUGCUGCCCGACGGGAUGGAGGUGUAUCGGGUGGGGGCCGCUGCUGUGGGCCUAGGGCUGGCGCUGGGCAGUGCUCAGGUGGGCCUGCCUCUGCCCUACGAGUCCGACUUCAAGCCACUAUCAGGCCUGGCCUUCGAGCGUGAGCUCUACGCCGACCGCAAGGAAGCGCUCAGAACUCACCUGCAGCUGGGGGCAGGCAGCCCUGGCACCGAGGCUGCCGCCACCCCGGGGGCGGAGCCUGAACUGGGCGGGCCCCAGGUCGGGGAGGAGGAGCCGGAGGAGGCGGUGGAGGAGGAAGAAGAGGAGGAGGAACCCCUUUUGGAGAAUUCAGAGACGACGGCGGCAGCACCUUUUGGUCCCAGGAAUGAGUUGGCGGGAGGUGGCAAGUCUCCCACACCCAAGGGACAGCAAGUAGAGGAGUUUGAGGAGGGGGUGCUGCGAAUAAAUGGCCAGUGACACAUCACCCCACCCCACCCCCUUCAGAGCUUUAUAUACAAGAACACAUACACACACGCACACACACACACAGUUUCGCAGGGCAGACAUAGGCAUUGCUAGACAGGGCAUGCAUUGAUUCAGCACUACUGAUAAAGGGAAGCUCAUUAUCUCAUCGUUAAGAAAAAGCGCACCUGUCAGUUUCAGUAACGUAUACAUGACUGACGCCGCCUGAUUGGUACUUUUAACCGGCCCAAAUUUAAAACUAGGAAACCAUGGAAUAAGUACUAAUUUGCGAGAGCUCGUGGUAUAUCAAGUUGUUUUUUUCAACGAAAGAAAAUGAAACACAUCGGUGACCCGGGAAUUUAAAGUCAAUGUUCAACAUAAAGAGGCUAUAUUUUUCUAUAGCGAUGAGGGAAAAAGUGGGGUCUAUUUUUUGUGCGAUUAAUACUAGAAAUCCGAUUGAAUGUUAAAAUAUGAGCUAAUAGGCGGAUUAUUCCACGAGAUAUCUUACACAUCUAAACAACCCAAACUAAGGGAGGAAAAAGAACGAAUCGAACUUUCUUGGGUAUUUUUAACAGCAAUGUGUAAUUGCUAAAAAGUAAAGUGGAAGCGAUUGAAACCCCCGGAAAGAAUCGGGCUUCCUAAGGCUGACAGGGUAACGCAUUGCCUGUGUUUUCCCGGCGGCGAGCCCACACCUGCACGGACGCUUCUCCCGAUGCCUGCAGAUGCACGGCCUGCACAAAGGACGGCGCCCCCUGCAGGUAGCCCACGGAGAAGGGCGCGUGCCAUCGCGGUGCCCCGGCGCACGCACCAACCGCUUGCAUGCCCAACGAAUAGAGAAGUAAAGCAACCAAGCCGCUACGGCAUCCGCAAAAAAACAGAAACAACUAAAGCGCUUCUGCUGCCUGAAGACGUAUCAUUAAGAGUCUUAGAACAGAUGUUUUUUUUCCCCAAAAACCUUGGAUCCGACGGGGGUGAAUUAAGGAUAUGGGGGGCAUGGGGAAUAUUGUUACUGUGUCACUGGGGUGCAGCGCUGGUUGGUUGGAGUCUCACCUACUGCAUCCACGCCGGAGGCUCAAGAAUCUAUGCCAACUUUUGUUAUUGUAUUAAAUGGGAAACAGACAGCCGCAAUGUAACUUCUGCUAGCUUUUCGCAUUUGCACUCGAAGAUGGCGUGAUGUUUGAUGGGGAUCAAUAAGACAACUCUUUGGGACAUGAGCACCGGCAAUGUUUUGCCUACUUUCCUCUUAACCCGGCUUCUUGGGAUGGAUAUAUAUAUAUAUUUCUUUGGAUGGGGCAUCAGUAAUAAGGAGGCGCGCUGCAUUCGUACGUUUGUCGCCUUUUUUAUUUGUGUCCCACGACGAUGUAUAAAAAGAUCUUGAAAUAGUAGGAGAAGGAAUGGUCCUUAUUUUAAGCCUAACGUUACAUGUUUGGGAAGCCCACAACAAAGAGCCAGAUAUUUCUAAAUCGGCGAGACAUUUCAUAACGUCCGAAAAUACGUAGAAACUUAAAUAGAAAUUAAUAGAAAAAUAUUUUAAAUCACCUUGUUCCGAAUUUGAAAAGCACGUAUGCUAUUUAAAGUUUUGGUAAAUGUGUGCCAUAACAGACUAAGCGCCUGUUUUAUACUAUUUAAAAUAUAUUUCCGAUUUUUUUCUGAUUGGGAACUAGCCUAUAGAGAGUCCUGUUUCUGUGAAAUGGAGUGGCAGGGUUUUAAUUGCACUAAAAGCAUCAGAAACUGUUUACAGGAAUCGUGAUUUUUUUUUUUUUUAGAGAGGUGUUUGCAGUCUGAGGUUUGUUAGCCUGAGAACAAUCAGAAGAGCCCAUACUCAUUAAGAGUUCUGGUUUCUGAGUGGUUACGGGAACAGUGAUGGUUUGGAAAGGAUGGAAGAAUGGACCUCUCCCUCCCUUCUAAAUGAAGCCAUUUGCAGUUAUGGGGUCUGUGUGGCAGCCUUGAAAUGGCUGCCAAGUGUCUUCCGUUGUUAAAAAGCACCGGCCCUCGAUGUCCUGAACCUUCAGUGAGUGGCUAUAUCAGCCCUGCUGUAUUUUUACCCAGAUAGUUAAAUAUUUUGCACUUUCUGCUUUGCAUAACAGUCCUGCAGUCCGCUCCAGCCCAGAUGUGGAAGGUAAUCUGCACGCAGUGUUAUUUUAAAGGGGAGGCUCUGUCGGGGCAGGUUCUGUGUACUGUGUAGUUACCUGUUGUCUGGAAUGGGAGGCCGCACUCCCCUUUAACGCUGACUCGAGUUUUCAUAUUGUGAUGAGCCUGGUGGUAUCGCCUUUGUGUUCUUUUUUUUUUACUGUAGCAUGGUUUUGAGAAAGUGCAAGGCUGAGUAAGAAAGUGCCUUAUAUUUUUUGGAUUUUGAAUCUGCUUGUGGGAAGAUCUGUUCUCCACAAUAUCCAAUUGCUGCCAUUCCGCCCUUUUUAAACAAAAUCCAAAAGACGCGUUUUAGGCCUAAACUCGUAUAAGAUGAAAUGACACUUCUAAUUACAAGAAAGGCCUGCUUUCAGCACGUAAAGAGGCCUGUCUGUGUUCUUAAAACAUCCUAUUCAGCAGUGCAAAAAGAAUGCACUUUCAACACCUUGAUUUAAUGCCAACCCAAUGAAACAAAACCACAGAAGUUAAUUAUGUAUUUUAUUUUUCAGAUGGGCAAACUCAUAUAGGUCAAUGUAGGAGAUAGAUCUCUGGGGGUUAAAACAGACAUAUUAGUGGUUUGGUGGAUCAAAUUGCUUUCAAAAACAGAAAGAUAACAGAAUCCUGGUUUAAUGUAUCAUUUCAAUGACGUGUCGUGGUUGUGCUGACGAGCAUGUCUUCUUUAUUUAAGUCUUAUGUCAUAAUGUUGAGUGGUGGGGGAGGGCGUUGACAAAAAAAGACAGACCAAAUUUUAUUUGCACUUACAUCAAGGAGCGAUGGACACUAAAGCACUAGUGGAGUAACCAUCCCCAAACAAGGUCACUCUUAGUUAAUUCUGGAGGUUGCCUUUCUUUUUCGGGCCUUUUAAGCCUGCAAAUUGAUUUGUGUGCCUUUUCUGCAUUGUUUUGCUUGUUUUUUCUAAACUUUUAAUUAAUAGUAGGCAGUAGUGAACUAAAAAGUUUUUUUUUUAUUUGCUACGGUGUCUUUUAUGAAAACUUCAGUCUGAUGAUUGAAAAGUCGAUGAUGUUGCACUAGAAUUUAAGAAUAGAUAUGUGAAUGUUGGCGCUGAACGGGGGUCGACGAUUUUUUUUACCCGCAUCGUUCCCUUUCUAUAACGUCUUCAGAGUUGUGAGGUUUUAAACAGGGUUUAAAUGUAUAAAAAUGUUGUUUUCACCAAAAUGAGACCACUGUGUUUUUGCAGAGAACGGCACUAACAUACCUGUCAUAGAGUGAAGGUUUUGAGUGUUGGAAAGAACAGGUGAAACGUGUGUAAUUUUUGUAAAAGCGGACGUACUUAUGUAAAUGUGCCUGGUACAACCCAGGCUGAAGCCCUUUGUCAGUCACGGGGGAAGAGCAAACGUAACGUGAUGCUUCCUUGGCUCGUUGUUAUGGGAAACCCCUCAGGACACAGCAAUACCAAAUCGCUUUUAAUGAUCUUGUUAUUCCUGGAUGGGGAAUUCAGAGUCCGUCUCACUGGGCUUUUCAGGCAGUGAUGCUGACGUGUGUUAUCACAUUGUAUGUGUGUAUAUUUUGCUGUCUGAGAAUGGAUGUGAUCGCCGUCGCACGGUGCUGUUGGCUCGGAAUUUGUUUUGUGCCGCCAAGCGCUCAACCGUCCACUGCAAGCCAGUUCAAUGAUAAAUUUUUCACGCCAUCGAGCAUCGGCCCAUUUUGGCAAUGCAUCGUACGCAGACUACAGACGUCAUCCGGCGUAAUUUCACCCACUGAACCAGCUGCGUUUAGGCUGGUUGGUUGGACCUCAGUGUCCACUAGGCUGAAAUGUGUGGCACCAUCCACCAUUGUGUGCUGUAAUGCAGACGGCCUUUGCAUGCUGAAUCUGGGGGGGGGGGGGGGGGGGGCGGAGUGAGGACAGUCCCAGGGAACAGCCUUCAAAGUCACAUGGUCAAGAGCAUGGACAAAUAGGAGAUGAGCCUUUAAGCGUUAUACAGGAAGGCUGUUCCUGCCACAGGAAUGCUUUGCUAAGCCCAAGCUUCAUGUCAAACACCUGUGGCACCCAGUUCCAGCCUUUCCUGGUCCUCCUCAGUUUUCUAUAAACUUUUUUUUUUGGUCAUCAGUUUAUCAUCAUCUGCUUGAGUCUGUGAACAAUGAUAAGGAGGUCUGCACUGUAGAGACUGAUUUACUCAAAUUUAAUUAUUAUUGUUAUUUGUGCUUGACUGAUGCUUUUGCACAGUGAAACUUAUGGUUUUACCCAUUUAUGCAGCUGGAUAUUUUACUGGAGUACAACAAAAAAAUAAAUAAAUAAAUCUUGGGCUCUUGGCAGUCUAGCAGCUUUUGGUUUAAGAUGCCUGUGUCCCGAACUACCAUACUGGCAGCUGUCCUAGGUGACCAGAUGAGCAGACCCCUGGGAACAGAAGAGAGAGUCUUUGUAGUUCAUACUUUGUGAGCCUCGCGGUCCAGGAGGACCAGAGACACAUUUGCUCAGCUUUGCGGCCCCGCAACAUCCAGGAAGACGGAAGUUCCGGUAUUUGCGAUGGCUGGUGGCAGGAGGAGAGCGAACUCUUUACAAAGAACGACAGCUUUACAAAAUAAAUGCGCCUUUUAACGCAAGCAAAAAAAAAAAAAAGCAAGACGCCACUGUUGAUGUUAUAGAAUAUCUGUUUCUUUUACUCCAAUAUUUGGGAUGUUUCUCUCUACUUCAGUUAUCAGAGAGUAAAUAACCAAACCUUGUCUAAUUUAGUUAUGGGUGACAUUGUGUAGUUUCAGUACCUGUUCAUUUUUUUUCCAAACGCAAUACUGAUGAAUUUGCUCUCUCUAAUAAAACUCAUCAUUUCA